AUGGGGCGGCCUCGGGGUCACUGGGUAGAGUGUGCAGCCCAUAUGUUCUGCCGCGGCGCGGGUUUGAGUCCGGCCCGUGGCCCUGUGCUGCGUGUCACUACCCCCACUCUCUACCCCCUUUCCUGUCUCUCUCACGCUGUCCUAGUUCAGUGCAGCCCCGAGCUUUUGGAGAGGAAACGUCUGAGGAGUUUUAGGACAGAAGUAGAGACCAGAGCGCCGCAGAUGGCGGUCAGCGUGUCGCCUGGCUUUGCGUGCAGCGUCCCCGCUGAGCGUCAGAGUUCAGAUGGAAACGGAGCGUUUGUUCAGCUGCAGUUUGUCCCACAUUCAGGAGGUCGCAGGUUCAAGUUGAGGCACUUCCUGCAAGAUAACGAGACUCUGUCGACGUUCCUGCUGAAGAACGCCUCGUUCUCUGAACAUGACGUCCAACAGAUCAGAGACGCUGAUGUCAGCCUGGAGAAGGUCCUCCUGAAAGGUUUCGGGGUCCACCUUCGGGACAUGUGUCCCAGAAACGGCGGCAAACGGAGCGUGGAGGACUUUGUGACGAUCUCGGACCCAAAGGUGUCGAUGCUGGCGCAGGAAGUCAUCUGCCGGGCGCCGCCCGUCUGGCUGGACCGCGCUGAGGAGCACUUCCUGAGUAACCUGGACUUCCUAAAACCCAUCCAGUUCAAUGUUUCCACGGCAACAGGGACAGAAAUCCUUAAAAUCCCCCAGUCAGAGAAAAAAACUGCAGUUUAUCGAUUCACUGAAGUUAAAGGAGGAUCAUUUUCAGACGUCUGA